AGCGCGUGAGUCAACGUGCUCCCUCGGGUUAGGAGCGGGACUUUGCCUCCCGCCCGGGGUCCACAUUUCAUCUCCAGCUUCAGCAACUCACCCACGAAUACUGGCCCCCUCCGGAGGCUAGAUCUGCUGCCUUUCCGUCUAGUGUUUCUGGAUUCUCCUCCAGUGGAUCUGAUUCCUGCCCUGUAGCUUUCUGAAGGAUUGACAUUGAGCAUCAUUAGUGAAACUUGGCUACCACCUGACUGUACACAACAAGAGAGGCUUUGGAGAUCUUUUUUAGUUAAAACAAUAAUGACUUUCUUGGAAUGUAUUCCCAGUGGAGCCUGUUUUCUGUGUAGCCUGGAAGAACACCUAACUAACAUUGGCAAUUAUUCAAAGACCUUAUAAAAACCACUCUAUAUCAAACAACUGAGUGACUCUGGGUUGUUCAGGGGGAUCCUAAGAAUUGGGAAUAUCAAUUUACCUAGAAGAUUCUGCCACUGCUACUCAGAGCUGCUGCUAAAAUACCAUGUCUAAGAACUCGGAGUUCAUCAAUCUCUCAUUUUUAUUAGAUCAUGAGAAGGAAAUGAUCCUGGGAGUCUUAAAGAGAGAUGAAUAUUUGAAAAAAGUGGAGGAGAAGAGAAUAAGGAAGCUUAAAAAUGAACUCUUAGAAGCAAAACAUAGAAGUGGGAAGACUAAACAAGAGACAAGCAGAAUUUGUGCUCACUGUCAGAAAAACCUGGGUUUAAUAUUUGACCGGGGAGACCCAUGCCAGGCUUGCUCACUGAGAGUGUGCAGUGAGUGUCGGGUGUUGGGCCCAGAUGGCAGCUGGAGGUGCACUGUCUGUGCCAAAGUCGCGCAACUAAGGAUUGUAACUGGUGAGUGGUUUUUUGAAGAAAAGUCAAAACGUUUCAAGCAAGCCAAUGUUCUAGGCACAGAUGUUGUCCGACAGUCCAUCUUAAGAAGAAAUCCAGGAGGUGAAGAAAUACAAAGCCAAGAGAAAAACCACCAGGAUGCACAAAAGUCAAACACUUCACCUUCUGCUGGGCAGAAGGCCAGCCAUGAUGGGCCCAGGAGAAAGGGAUUUCUUCUUAGCAAGUUCAGAUCAGCAACCAGAGGAGAAAUCAUCAUAACGCCAAAAACUGAAAGUGGGCGGAGUUACAGCGUGGACUUAGACAGGCAAAAUUUUCGGUAUUUAAAGUCAGCCCCCAGUUCAGACAGAGGAAGCACUGGCUCAUCAGAUCUUAAUGACCAGGAAGUUGGUCCUGGGACACCGAAGAGCAGCCAGAGCAGUGGUAUUACCUCAGUCACUCAGAGGUCACCAGCUCUAAGUAUACACACUGUAACCUCAGUCAGCAAUAAAAAGGAGCAUGGUUUUGAAAAUCUUUUGGAUUUGGCUGCCACUGAAGGCCCCUCUGGAGACCUCACAAAGAAUCAUUGUAGAAACACUUCUGGCACCCCUUCCAUAGCAGUGUCUGGGGCCUCCCUCUCCUCAGACCGAAGUCAAUCUGAGUUAGAUUUGAGUGGGUCAUUUACAGAAGACUUAGAGGAUACUGUAAACUUAAGAAGCAGGUCUGUCUCUUGGGUUUUAGAUAAAGACAUGGACUCCUUGGAAGAGACUGAAGAAGGCAUUGAUGACUUAGUGUCCUCCAGGUUUUCUGCAAAUACCCACAGCCUAGCAAGUGGCCUGUCAACAAAUUCUCAAGCAGGAUCUGACAGGAAGUGGACCUACCUAAAUGUGCCUGAUGCCGACUCAGACACUAGCAGCCUUAACAGCAUGAUGAGUGUUUACAGUGAAACAGGAGACUAUGGCAACUUGAAGGUCAGCGGUGAAAUCCUUCUCCAUAUCAGCUACUGCUACAAAACUGGCGGGCUCUACAUUGUUGUCAAGAAUUGCAGAAAUCUGGCCAUAGGAGAUGAAAAGAAACAGAGGACAGAUGCUUAUGUCAAGUCAUACCUCCUUCCUGACAAGUCUAGAAACAAUAAGCGCAAGACCAAAAUCAGAACAGGCACCAAUCCAGAAUUCAAUGAAACACUAAAGUACACCAUCAGCCAUAGCCAACUGGAAACAAGAACGCUGCAGCUCUCGGUCUGGCAUUAUGAUCGAUUUGGACAUAACAGUUUCCUCGGGGAGGUAGAGAUUCCUUUUGACUCAUGGAACUUUGAAAAUCCAAGCGAUGAGUGGUUUGUGCUACAGCCCAAGGUGGAAUUAUCUCCUGACAUUGGCCUUCAGUACAAAGGAGAACUGACAGUUGUUUUACGUUACAUUCCCCCAGAAGAGAACCUGAUGUUUCUGCCAGGACAACCUCAAGGAAAGAAGACCUUUAAAAGGGGAAAGAAGGAGCCACCUAUACCCUCUGGAGGAAUACUAGAAGUGUUCAUCAAAGAGGCAAAGAAUUUGACAGCGGUGAAGUCAGGAGGCACUUCUGAUAGCUUUGUCAAGGGCUACCUGCUCCCUGAUGAUAGCAAAGCCACCAAGCACAAAACUCUGGUAAUAAAAAAAAGUGUUAACCCUCAGUGGAAUCACACUUUCUUCUUCAGUGGCUUGUAUCCCCUGGAUAUAAAGAAUGUUUGCCUAGAACUUACCAUCUGGGACAAGGAGGCCUUUUCCAGCAACAUCUUUCUGGGAGGAGUUCGUCUGAAUACUGGAAGUGGUGUGAGCCAUGGAAAGAAUGUGGAUUGGAUGGACUCUCAAGGGGAAGAGCAACGUCUUUGGCAGAAGAUGGCCGACAAUCCUGGGACUCCUGUAGAGGGUAUACUCAUGCUCCGUUCUAGCAUGGGGAAAUGUCGGCUCUGAAGGUACCAUUCUCCAAAAUGAGGCCUCCUGAGACUGUUUGGCUGACACUUCCUACCAGUAGCAGGCUGGGGUCCUGGGAUUCCUCUUCCCUGGCACUUCUCACCUGAGGGCAUUAGGAAAUGAGAGGAGAGAUGUCAGUGGAAUGAACCUUUAGGAUCAUGAUGAAAAUCUAAAAAUGCAUGUAUCUCUAUGUGUCUAUGGGCCAGGACCUUCUUGACUGGAUGAUAGAAAGUGUACCACAUUGUUCUGUCAACAAGCAAAUCAUGCAAUGAUUCAUAGGCCUUACCAUAAGGGAAAUGGCUGGUGCAAGCAUAUUCAACACUAUAGUUGAGAUUGGAAAUUCCAGACUUUCUCUAGUUAUUAGCUACUUUAGGUUUCCUCAAAUGGUUUGAGGGAAAGGGGGAUCACUCAGGAUGUAGAUCACUUGAAGAGUAAGCAGGGAUACUGGCUACUUUUUCCUUACCCUGGGAAUCCCCAUGGUCCAAAGAAGGCACAUGGGGGUGGUUGUUGGGAGAAGACUGUGGCUCUGCUAUUUUAGUAAUCUUGUGGCUUACCCAGGUACAUUUUCAAGAUUUUAUGUGGUGACUAUAUAAUUUAUAAUCUAAAUCAGCCCACUUUUGAGAGCCAAGGGAGCUAAACCAUUGUACCAGAAUAACAGAUGUAAAUCAGGAUUGACAUGGGAAAAUUGGGAUGUAUGAUCACCCUAGUUAUGACCUGGCUAUUAGAGCACUCUGUUGCAAACAUGUAUUUUAUAAAAUGUUCCAGUCUUAACUGAAGGGGGAUAAGAAAUAAUGUAUAUUUUGAGCCCUGCUUGUGUCAUAUCUAUUGAUACCCCAUUAGUCAAAAGAAGUCACAUGACCAAGCCCAAAAUCAAGAGACAGGGAAAUAUGUUCUGCUUACAAAGAAGCCAUGGCAAGAGUGUGGAUGCAGAAGGAAUGAAGAAUCAGGGCCAAUAGUUCAAUCUACCAUACUUUCUGUCACCUAGAAUUCCAGAUGCUUAAGCCACCAAACUUAGAUGCAAAGGCAGUUAAAGCUGAAAAGGGUAUCAGACCUUGUUACUCAUUUUGCAGAUUCCAAAUCUGAGCACAGAGACCUGAAAUGACUUGCCCAAGAUCAUGUAGAAACUGUAACUAUAUUUGGACUUAAAUCUGGUGUGUGACUCCUAGGCCAGUGUUCUUUCCACUGAAGUUCUUGGCAUGAUCCUGUUCUUAUUAUGGUGGACAGGAGGACAUAGAUGAAAGAAGGUAGGGCACAGUCUGAUUAUUCGAGUAUGAACAUACCUGCCCUAGUCUUCUGGAGUCAUAUUUUAGCCCCUCAGCUACAGGGCCUAAACAUCCUUAAAAGGAUAGAAACUGAAUUUUAAUAGUAGGAAAACUAGAAUCAUCUUCAGGUUUAUUCUAGCUCAUUGUUCCAUAUUUUAAGUUUCUUCUUGAAUUUUGAAAACAGACUUAAGAAUAUACUUAGCAUUAUUCUUAGUAAGAGAAUAAGCAAUUUUAAUAUUAUUCAAAAAUAGACUAUUUCUAGAAAAUUUAAGUUAGUGACCUAGUAUAGCUUAGUACAUGUGGUGCAUUAAAAAAUAGUCACACCCAUAUCCCAAUGUUACCCUUCUUAAAAACAGAAAAAAACAAAAAAUGUAACAUCAUUUCUACUUUCUAUAUUGGAAAAAUAAAUUGUCAUCAGAUUUGAUAAGAUUCAUUUAGAGCAAUCCUCUGCAUCAUGAUUUCAUAAAAACCAAUAUCUAACUGAGCAUUUCUGUGAUGCAAAACAUAAGUAUGCAAAAGUCCACCAGAAAUAGGUUGGUGUUGCUUUCAAAUAAAAGACAAAUUGAUCUUUAAGUCACUUUUUUUUCUUUUACUAAGUAUGGUGUAGAAGCACAACAAACCUCUUUAAAUAUUGGUAAUAGAUGUGAAUGACAUAAAAUUUAAAUAGUUCAAAAUUGUAAAAAGUCAGUCUUCCUUUUGCCCUUGUAUAUCAGAAUAUGUUGACAACCUGAUUUUUUUAUGGCUACAGGGUAUUACAUUGUAGGGAUCUAUCAAAUUCAUUUAACCAGUCCUAUCAAAUGCCAUAUUAAAUAUGGUUAAAUAAACUGUCUAUGUUUGGUGGCUUUUCUAAGCAGCCUUUUUUUUUUUUAAUUCAAAAUGAGGGGUGUGUGUGUGUGUGUGUGUGUGUGUGUGUGUGUGAGAAAUGUUUCACUUUGGCAUAUUUAUCCUACAGAGAUAGAUACAUAUGUGAGAAAUGAGUAUACACACAGCAUUUAUUGCAAAAGAUUGGAAGCACUUCCAAAGCCCAUCAAUAGAGGCUUUCUGUCAUAAAUAUGCCUAAUUUAUGUUUCAUUAGUUGCUCCCUCUCCUUCUCUGUCAAAAAUUGUUCAGUGUUAAACGUUGGAUUCUUUGGUGCUUGUUCUUUCUUUUCUUCUCACUUCCUAUACCCUCUUGGGUGUUACCAUGUACUGUGCUCUCAUGGUUUUACAACCAUUCAUAUGCUUAUGACUUCAAACUCACAUCUCCAACCCAGAUUCUUUCUCUCAGACCCAGACCCAGCUUCAAUGACCCAUAUGACAUCUCCACCAGGGUAGCUCAUGUUUUCAACACAUUAAAAACUGAACUCUUCAUUCCACCCUCUCACUUGUACCUAGGUCUUUCUACUCCCAUAUAAUAUCUAUUGGACUAUCUGAUGGACUUUCUACUGGAGUAGAAAGACCUACAUCCUGACUCAGUACCUGGUACCAUCAUCCACUCAGUUAUACUAAGUAGGCACUGGGUAAUAAUCUUUGGUUUAUGCCUCUCCCUUACCUUGAGGCAAACUCAAUCAGGAAUAUUGAUUUUACCUCCUAACUAUCUCAAGAGCUUGUCUAAUCCUUGCCAUCUCUGUGCCACAACCGUAGUCCAAGCCACCAUUACCCCUUUCUAUGGUUAUUCCAAGUCUCCUAACUGCUAUCUAUGCAGCCACUCUUGCUCUCCAUCAAUCCAUUCUUCAUACUGUGGUCAAAUUUUCUUAACAUGUUAUUUUAAAAUGUUUAAACAUACAGAAAAGUUGAAAUGAUUUUACAGUAAACAUUCUCAUACCCACUACUUAAAUUCAGCUUCUACCAUUAGCUGUAUUUGCUUAUUAUUAUCUAUCUGUCCAUUUCCUUAUUGUUCUUUU